GCUUUCACUUUCAUUGUCUUGCUUGAAGAGAGCAGGGCAUUACAUUUGUGCUCAGUGGUGUCUAUUAUCAUCAAAGAGUGUAUUAAUAUUGCUGAAAGUGAAUAUUUAAAGGACUACAAUGGACUACCAAAACAUCUGUUUCAUUUUUACUUGCAGUUUAGUUUCUGCACUGGAUGUGAAAUAUGUACUGAAGGGUCAGGAGAUAACCUUGGGACCUUCAAGAUAUCGACAGCCAACUGAAAUAUUCUGGACACGUCAUGUCUACAAGAUUGUAUAUUUUAAUGGCAGCAUGGAGUCUGUGGCCCCUUCAUACGAGAACAGAAUCCUUCUGGACAGGAACUCUGCAGUACUCACCAUCAAACAGGCCACUUAUGAAGACAGUGGAAACUAUGACCAGGAAGUCAGAGUCAACAAGAAGCUCUUUCACAAUGCGUAUAAAAUUGAGGUUAUAGACAAAGUAUCCAAACCCAACAUAAGUUGUGAGAUGAUUGACACAUACCAGGCGACGCUCGUGUGCUCAGCAGAGUCCAAACAUUCUCCUUUAUUAAAGUUUAAGUGGAGAUCAGAUGGAAAUGAGCAAACCAGACCAAAUUUAACAAUAACUCUCCGGACGUUUCUUAAUCAUCAAGUUUAUAUUUGUGAGGUCAGCAACCCUCUGACCAUUGAAAUGGCUGCAUUCACUGCUAAGGACUGCUUAUCUGGCAAAUUAUCUGUUGCUGAAAAAGUUGUCAUCCCUUCCAUGGUUGCACUCGUGUUUAUUGGGCUCUGCAUCUUUUUGGUAUUGUACAAAAAAUAUCGUGAACGCCGUAAAAGAGACCAACGUAGAAGAGAAGAAUUUGAAAGAGAACAACGUAUGAAAGAAGAACGUGAAAGAGACCAACGUAUAAUACAAGAACACCGUGAAACAGAACAACAUAUGAGAGAAGAACUCUGUGAAACAGAACAACGUAUGAGAGAAGAAUUUGAAAGAGAACAACGUAUGAAAGAAGCAUAUCAUGAAUCCUUCCAAAAACUAAAUCUAAUGAUGGAGUUAUACAACAUCAAGAAUCCCAACGAGUUAUGGUUUUUGGACUCAUAUGACGAACUGACGCCGUAUGGUAUUACAAUUAGUGCCUGCACUGACAUAUUUAGUGACACCAUAUUCUGGAUGGAAGCAGACCAUAACCACGGUGAUCCUGCAGUAUUUCUCAACCACUUCCUGGACACAGUGACUCGUAUUGGAGGUUGUCCACAGCGACUGCUGGUCACACCAAGGAGAGAAAAUGAACACAUCACAGAAGCGCAAAAAUUCCUGCGUAGGAAUCGUACAGACUGUUAUGCUGGGGAGGACAUUGUGAUGGAAGGAUUGAGCUUGAGACGUCACAGGUGGAUACACAGAUGGGAGCCAUGGAACUUAGCUUUUGCAAAUCUCCAGGAAUUAGGACAUUUCACAGGAAAUGACUUGGACAAGAACCUCAUACAGUUCUGCUUCCUCCACAUCAUCCAGGAUUGGCUGAAGGAGACUGUUGGAGACUUCAACAGGAUCCUAAGUGACCAGAACAGAGCCAGGUCACAAGAUGAUGGACCAGCAGAGGACAAACUCCAACCUGUUCUCCCAGAGGAUAUUGAUGAGUGCAGGAGGAGGUGGAGUACCCCAAGAGGGCGGUACCCCUGUGAUGAAACACUCUUCAAUCGCUGGGAACUCAUUAGGACUGAAAAUGGUUGGGAAGCUCCAGUGGACAAUAUAAAAGCUCGAAAACUGUAUUUACAUUUAAGAGAGAAGAUUUAUGAAGAUGUUAUAGAACCAAGUCAUGAUGAGGAAGUACAGGUGCAAUUGUUGGCAGGUUUGUUAGAAUAAGGAUGUUAACCAACAUGAAUGAUUUUAUCAAAUGAUCCAUCCAUUUUCUACAGCUUGUCCUUCUCAUGGUUGGCGGGGGGAUGGGAGGGGGGGACAUGUAACCAAAUAUUAACAUUGCUAUAUGUAUAUAGAUUGCAAAAAAUUUUAAAGUUUUCAACUCGAAGUGAACACUUGAGUAAAAUGUCCAGGUCCCAUUUGCUUUUAUUUUGAAGUAACAUCCUGUUUUCCUGCAGAACCGGCAGCUGCUUUGUUACUUUGUUGUUUUAAUAUGUGGCACUGUGUUUUGGCACAUAGUCCGUGCUUUUAUUUUGAAAUAACAUCCUGUUUACUGGCGCAACUACAAGCUAUUACGUUCUGUUUUUGAUUUGUAGCACUGUGUUUUGGCGCACACACCGUGUUUUUAUUUUGAAGUAACAUCCUGUUUCCGGCUCAGCUAAAUAGCUGUUUUGCUCUGGUUUCCAUCUAUGUGGCAAAAAACGUGCUUUUAUUUUGAAGUAACAUCCUGUUUUCUGGCACAACUAUAAACUGUUUUGCUGAUUUGUUGUUUUGUUCCGGUUUUGAUAUGUGGCACUGAUUUGGCAUACAAUUUGUGCUUUUAUUUUUGAAGUAACAUCCUGUUUUCCGACUCAACUAAAAACCACGUUGUUUUAAUUUGUAGCACUGUGUUUUGGCAAAUAAACUGUGAUUUUAUUUUGAAAUAA